ACUCACUGCACUGCCCGAUAUUACUGUUUACCCUCCCUGUUAGGGGCACGACCAAUCCCUUUCUUAGCAGAAUCACAUUGAAUCUUAUCCCCUAUCUGGCAGAUACACCUUUAAUUUCUUUAUUUAUUUGGCACUUGCACUAAUUCUAUCCCCCUCCUCGCCAGAUACUGUCUUUUUUACCUUCUAUGGCAAACUGGAUCUCUCCUCCUCAGGCUUCAACAAUACACAGUGGGUCCUUGGCGUUCUCUGACAACUAUAUGCUUUGUACCUUUAACCUGCUCUGGAUCUCUGACUUUUGGCACACUGGAUUUCAGACACUGGCACAUACUGGAUUUCCCUAAUACAUAAUGGAUAUCUCCCACCAUGGCACAUAUGCUGGCUGACAAACCGAACCCCUGAGUUCUGUUUUACAUUUUGUCUCUGAUCUGUGUCACACUGUAUAUCAUUGGCAGACUGUCACACGUCCUUUUAUGGCAUAAUGUGGAUUUCUAAUCAUACAUUUUAGUUCAUAUAUACUGGAUAUGUAGCUGUAUAUGAGAAACUGGUGAGAAAAAAGCCACUUAAUUUUGAGGGUUGUUCAGCAGCCUCUAGCUGAGUUACUGGAUAUCCCACAGACUACCUGGUGCCUUCUCUGUUCCAGAUAGACCAUUCUCAGGAUUAGGUCCACAGUGCAUAACGGAACCAAAGAGGAACACUGGUGCACCACGUUACCAGGGCAGGUCAGGCGCAGGAUAUAACAAUCCUUUAGGGAAACGGACACCUGCUGCUGGGACCGGGUUACAAACCGUGCUAAGACCCUCCAAUCAAGAGCCUGGACCCCUUUCUCUUCACAGCCAAUUAACUCUGGGAAUAAUGGCGAGCUGGGAUAGCUAUGGGUGAAUAACCUGCCCCAUGCUAUUUUAAUCUCAAUGUUUUAACUAAACAUGGAAACACUGGAGUCAGAGCUAACAUGCCCAAUCUGUUUGGAGUUAUUUGACGAUCCCCUGCUACUACCCUGUGCCCACAGUUUGUGCUUUAAUUGUGCCCAUCGAAUACUGGUUUCUGGAUGUGCUUCCAGCGAAAUAGUGGAGCCUGUCCCAGCAUUCCAGUGUCCCACCUGCAGAUAUGUCAUAUCACUCAACCACCGUGGCUUGGAAGGGUUAAAGCGCAACGUUACUUUGCAGAAUAUUAUCGACAGGUUUCAGAAGGCUUCUCUAAGUAUCCCCAGUUCUCCAAGUGACGAUCGCAGAGAGAGAGGUUAUAAAACUGUCCCAAUCAUGGCGACUGAAAGAAUCCCAUGUCAGUUUUGUGAGGUAGAACCACCAAGAGAUGCAGUGAAGACUUGUAUUACUUGUGAAGUGUCCUACUGUGACAGGUGUCUUCGUGCUACUCAUCCCAACAAAAAGCCUUUUACCAGCCAUCGGCUGGUGGAACCUGUGCCAGACGCUCACUUCCGUGGUCUCGUCUGUCUGGAGCAUGAAAAUGAAAAGGUGAACAUGUACUGUGCCGCUGAUGAUCAACUCAUCUGUGCCUUAUGCAAACUGGUGGGAAGACACAGGGAGCAUCAGGUGGCUUCACUGAGUGAACGAUAUGACAAACUCAAGCAAACAUUGGAAUCAAAUCUUACCAACCUGGUCAAACACAGCAGUGAACUGGAAACACAGAUGGGAAAACUAAUUCAAAUCUGCCAACAGGUUGAGGUUAAUAGCAGCAUGCACGAAGCAAAGCUGAAUGAGGAAUGUGAUGAGCUAAUGGACAUUAUACAGAGAAGAAAACAAAUGAUUGCGAUUAAGAUAAAAGAGACAAAAAUAAUCAAGUUAAGGAAGCUUGCCCAGCAAAUCGCUAAUUGCCGACAGCGACUUGAGAGGUCCACGGUAUUAAUCAACCAAGCAGACCAUAUGCUUAAAGAAAAUGAUCAUGCAAGGUUCCUGCAGGCUGCAAAAACUGUGGUGGACAGAGUCUCCAUGGCAACCACAUCAUCCCAAGUUCUAAUCCCCGAUGUCAAUUUAAAUGAUGCCUUCGAAAACUUUGCUUUGGAUUUUUCCAGAGAGAAGAAGUUACUGGAGGGACUUGACUAUGUAACAGCCCCAAACCCUCCGACUAUCAGAGAGGAGUUGUGCACCGCAUCUCACGACACUAUAACUGUCCACUGGAUGUCUGAUGAUGAAUUCAGUGUCAGCUCUUAUGAGCUUCAAUACACCAUCUACACUGGGCAGGCUAACUUCAUCAGUCUUUAUAGCUCGAUGGACAGCUGGAUGAUUGUACCUAAUAUCAAGCAGAAUCAUUACACAGUGCAUGGCCUCCAGAGUGGGACACGGUAUAUCUUCCUAGUCAAAGCUAUUAACCAAGCUGGAAGCCGGCAUAGCGACCCAGCAAGGCUCAAAACAAAUAGUCAGCCAUUUAAACUUGACCCAAAAUUUGCCCACAAGAAGCUAAAAAUCUCCAAUGAUGGGAUGCAGAUGGAAAAAGAGGAGAGCUCUUUGAAAAAGAGUCACACACCUGAAAGAUUCAGUGGUGCAGGAUGUUAUGGAGCUACAGGAAAUGUCUUUAUUGACAGUGGAUGUCACUACUGGGAGGUGGCAGUUGGCAAUGCUACUUGGUAUGCAGUGGGAAUUGCCUAUAAAUCUGCUCCAAAGAAUGAAUGGAUUGGAAAGAAUAUCUCAUCAUGGGUCUUCUCUCGUUGCAACAACAACUUCCUUGUAAGACAUAAUAACAAAGACACUUUAUUAGAUGUAAAUCCUCAACUAAAGCGCUUAGGUAUCCUCUUAGACUACGACAACAAUACUCUCUCCUUCUAUGACCCCGCUAACUCUUUACAUCUCCAUACCUUUGAGAUCUCCUUUAUCCUACCUGUAUGCCCAACUUUCACUAUCUGGAACAAGUCACUGAUGAUUCUCUCAGGUCUUCCUGCUCCAGAUUUUAUGGAUGCGUUUAUGUCUGACCAAUCCGAGUGUAUCUGUAGACCUCAGGAGUCACCUUAUGUCUCUGGACUGAAGGCGUGUCAAUAAACAUUAGAAUAUAGUCCUUUGGCUUGGUGGUGGAUUCCAUGGGAUUUGAAAUAAGACUUGAGUUGAAAUGCUGGUACAAGCCACGCUCUACCCUAUAACAUGUUAUCAAAUAUCCUUUGCUGUUGUACUAUAUUCUGGAUUAUAACAGGAAUUUUGAAAACAUAUACUGUAUAAUGGAUGUGGAAUUGUAAGCAAUAUGAAAAAUGUUGGUCAUUUUUAGCUUUCUAACUACUAAUGACAUUGAAGUCUUGCUACAGCAUCAGAUAUUUUCUACCCAAUAAUACUCCACAAAACAUUAUAAUUCAAAUACACAUGAUGUCUCUAUGAAUAAAAUAAUCUCAUUUA